CGCUGAGAUCGGUAAUGGAAGCUGGCCUGUGAGCGCUGAUCCGGCCCCGAAGCUAGCAGGGCAAAGACGAAUACCUCAUCAUGGAUGACGAUGACCUGGAUGAGCUGCUGGAUGAAGUGGAAAAAAAGUUCUGUAGUAAAACUUCUGCAGCGUCUUCCGGUGUAAAACGUAACAAAGACGAAAAUAAACAGGAAGAAUGGAGUGCUGCAAAAUGUGAGCGACAUAAAAGCAGCGUUUCUGAGGAUAUUGACGCUCUUCUGGAGGAAUUACUGGAAGAUGAUUUUGACAGUUCUCCUCAGUCAAAGGGUGAACAGUUUUCUAAAAGAGAACAAGCAGAGAAGAAACUCUCAUCACAGUCUGCUGGAAGAAAGUGCUGUCCUGUUUUCAUCGGUGGGAGCUCGGUAACAAACGGUGUUGGAACAGCCACUUCCAAAAGGACAUGUGACCAGCUGAGGUGCAUCUCCUGUGACUUCCGGGUGUUGAUGUUUGACGAUUCUGAAUGGGACGCAUCAUGUGACUAUCUGUUCCUCAGGAACAACGUGCCGGACCGCCAGAAGCUCCAAGCCAAACUGAAGAAGAGGAAGGGUUUGCGGGCUUACGCCUGCCAGUGCAACUGGCUCUCCAGCUCAGAGACGACGGACCUCAGAGACCAGCCUCAGCUCAGAUGGGUCUGUGGCAAACAUCUGGACUGAUGCUCACAGCUGGGAAACAUGUCGCUCACACAGCAUGAACCACAAACGGUUCUCAGACAUAUCUAUAAAACCUGAUGAUGGAACUUAUUUGUUGAGUUGGACAUGAAAACAGAUAAAGAAAUGUGUUUUGGAUGUUGGAGUAAAUCCAAACUGAUAAAACCGGCAGCAUAAAUGAAACUUGGAGACAGUUUGUUAAACUCAGUGAACUGAAACAAUCAGACCGCCACCUGAGGAGAUCUAAAAAUAUGUUUUAAAACAAUUAACUUUUUGUUGGACUCCCUCAUGGUCCCAAUAUUGUUCUCUGUAGAAAUUUUGAAAUCUUUUAUUUAUUGUUCACUAACAGUUCCUUAAAGCUAACAGGGUGAACCAAUAUGAAAAUCUGACCCGAUAUCAAUAUCCAAUCUGAUCAGGGUUUGUAAAAUCUGAGAAGCUCCUUUGGAGCAUUUUAGAAACAAAUUAAAAUGGUUGUAGUUUUAAGAUUCAUAUUUGUCAAACAGCUCACAGAAAUGUUAUAUAAUAAUAUUGCUCUAUCGUAAUAUUUUUAAAUAUUUAAGGCUAAUGUAAUAGAAAAGACUUAUAAAGAAAAAGAAAUAUCCAAAGUAAUUGAUGUAGAAAAUCUGUUGAGAUGUGGAAUAUUUUUCAAUAUUUGAGCUCAUCUUUAUGUUUACUGUGAGAGCAAACCAAAAAAUAUGAGAUAAAUCUUUAUUGUAAUUCAGUUUGCAUUUAUUUUGUGUUCUCUUUUUUUUUUACAUCCCAGAAUAUACAUUUUAUCUUCUUAUUUCCUCCUGUUUUAUCAGUGGAAUCCAUUGUGAGUUUACUUCAUCUCAAACAAAACUGAUUGUGACCAAUAUUUUAUAUUUUCUUUCUGUUUUUUGUCAGCCUCUUUAUCUUCUGAACUGUUAAAUCCUUCAUUAUUCUGUCACUUACUUAUUACUUCACUGAGCAUGCUCAGUGCAGUUUCUGUCCCAUAAUUUAAAACAGUGUUAUCUCUGUAGUGAGAGGGAGCCAGAAUAUUAAAUGUGCAACCAUGGAAACAAUAAAAAGGAGGUUGAGACCAAACAAUCUUCAAAUAAGUCAAUAUGCAGAUGAAUUUUUAAAUCAAAGUAAAACAUUUUUUCAAAAAAAUUAAUAGUGUUUUCUGUUUAUUUCUGCUUAUAAGCACCUUCUCAA